AUGAUCAGAAAUUAAAAAUGCAUUGAAGUAACUUAAAUUAAUAAUUAUGCUUUUUGUCAGUAUCCAAUUGAUGAAGGAUGUCAAUAUGAUUAUUCUUCUAAAACUUGCUAAAUUGUAUCUUAAUUCGAUGAUCUCAGUUGUUCCAAAGGAAUAAAUAGAAUAGCUUGUCUAUAAUUAACAAAAAAAAAUUUGUAAUGCUAAUUUGUUGAUUAUUGUUUUGGUCCAAAAAAUAUUGUAUUUGGAAAGACUUAAAGUGUUAGGCUUUCGAUCCAUUAAUAAUUUAUGAGACUUCAAACCUAUUAUUCAUAAAUUCUAACACUUGUAAUUUAGUAAAUAAUGGAGAUAUUGUCAAAUAUGAUACAAAUUUGAAAAUAUGUGUAAAAGUUAAUGAUUUAAAUUCUAUAUCAUGUAUAACUGAAGGAUUAAAUAAAGAUGGAUGUCUUAGUAUUAAAUCGCAAAAUUGUAUUUGGGAUUUAACAACAAGAAAAUGUAGAGAAAUUAAGUUCGAUGUAAAAGAUGAUUCAUGUGAAUAAUAAAAUUGGUCUUCUCAUUUAUGUUCAUAAAUAAAUCUAGAUAAACCAUGUGGAUUUAUAAAAGAUGGUUGUAAUUUUAUCGAUAUUUAAUAAGCAAGAUGUACUUAAGAAGGAUUGAAUAAAUUUGCUUGUUUGAAUAUAUAAAAGUAUCCUUGCAUUUGGAUUAAAAAUUUAAAUGAUGAAAAUUAUCAUUGUGAAGAUUACAUUCCUCAUCUCUCCUGUAAUUAAAUUCCUUAAAAUGUCAAUUCUAAAGUUUGUUCAAUGGUUAAAGAAGGUGCUUGUUAUUAUAAUUUACAAAAAUUGUAAUGUGAAGUUCCUAAUAAAAAUGAAACUAAUUGUGAAUUGAUGGGAUUAAAUAUUAUUGGAUGCGUUUAAAUUGAAAUGUGUUUUUUUGAUUAAAAAUGCUAAUUAUUAAAUAGAAAUAAUUAUAAAUGUGAUGAUUUUCCAAUAGCUAAUAAAUUAAUUUGUAAGAAUGCUAUUGAUUCUUGUAAAUAUAAUGAAAUUGUUUAUGGAUGUUCAUAUGCUUAUGAUGAACUUUGCUCAAAUGAUUCUUUAAGCAUGAUUGCAUGCUAGAAUUAGAAACAUUGCUCAUAUUUAGAUAAUAAUUGCUAAUGUAAAUAAUACAUUGAUAAUUAUCAUUGCAAUUAUAUUACUAAUAUUGAAAGAUGUUAAGAAUAAAGCCAUUGUAUUUUUUUAAAUAUCCCUUCAAAUAGUGAAAUUGAUAUUUAAUAUAAUCAUAAAUGUAGAUAAAAGACAUGUUAAGAUUUGAAAGCAGAGAAAUGUGAUAACAAUAAAAUUCUAGGAAUUACUUGUUACUGGAACAAUUCUGAAUAAUGUUAAUCAGCAUCAAAAUGUGAAGAUAUAAUUCACUCUACUUAUGAAUGCUCUUAAUAUUAAUUUAAUGGAAGACCUUGUUAAAUGAUAAAUAAGAAAGGAUUUUGUGAAUAAUUUUCAUGUGAAAAAUUUAGUUAGCAGCUUUGUUCUGAAAAUUCAUAAUUUUGUAAAUUUGAAGAGAGUUGUAAAACAAAAUAAUGUAUUGAUUAUAACGAUAAAAAUUGCAUUUUAAAUGAUUGUGAUUGGAAUAAAAAUGAUGGAAUUUGUUAAUAAUAAGUUGAAUGCUCUUAAAUUAAAAAUGAAUUUGAUUGUAUCCGCUAGAAGUUUAAUAAAAGAGCAUGCUUUUGGGUUAUAUAGAAUGAUACAGAAUUUUGUACUUCGCACGGAUGCCGCAAUCUCAAUAAAUCUUUAUUAUGUUCUGGAUAACGCCUUAUUUAAGAAUCUUGUGUUGAGUUAAAUGAUUCUACUUGUUUAUCAUGUGAAGAAAUUUUAGAUAAAUGCGAAUGUAUUUAAUAAUCGAAAUAUUGUUAUUAUGACAUUAAACAAAAUAAUUGUAACUCUAGGAAUUGUGAAUCUUUUAAAAAUUAAGAAGAAUGCCCUGUUAAUUUUUGUAGAUAUCAAGAUGAGGUAACUAUUAUUAUUCAUAUCUUUAGAAAUGUCAGGCCUAAUGUUAAUAUAUUUAUGAUGAAGAUUAAUGUAAAAAAAUCAAAGAAUGUUCAUGGUUAAAAAAGAAAUAGAAAUGCCAAGUCUAAUGUGAAAUUUAAACAGAUGAACUCCAAUGUAAAAAUCUAAACGAAUGCUUUUGGAAUAAUAAUCAAUUGAAUUGUGAAAAUAAAAUUCUUAUUUUGAUUUAAGAUAUUAAAAGCCUUUUGCUUAGUUUAGUCUUAAUUUAGUGGAUUUACAUUUGA